AUGGAAAUUAUCGGUCCCCGUUAUCGUGAAGCAAUGUCCAUUUUAUAUCAAAUACCUUUCUUCAUUGGCUACGCUCUAUUGCCAUUAUUUUCCUAUUACCUGCGGGAUUGGCAUCAUCUCUAUCUGGCCGUUUCAUCAAUUUCAUUUCUUUACCUGAUGUACGCAUGCUUCAUAUAUGAAUCGCCACGCUGGCUUUUCACCACAGGUCGUUUGAACAGAGCAAUAUCGGUAGUAGAAACGAUCGCAAAGAGAAAUGGUCGCCCUGCAGAAGAUUUAGAACAAAUACUACCCAAAAUGCAAGCUGCCUACGAACAAUUUGUAUCGUCCGACACUAAGAAGACGGGUACCAUUGUUGAUUUGUUUCGAACGCCUAGUCUACGCUUAAAUACUAUAGUAAUGGUCUACCAGUGGUUGAACGCCUGCAUGGUGCUAUAUGGAGCGGCUGAAUAUAUAUCAAACUUAGGCGGUAAUAUAUUCAUUAACGUAUUUAUUAGUGGUGCAUUGGGUAUACCGGGCUGCAUAGUGUGUAUUUACAUGACUAAAUACUUAGGACGCCGUUUGUCGUUGAUUUUGUCGAAUCUGGUGAGCGCUAUUUGUUUCUUGGUAAUUGGUUGUAUUACCGCGUUUAACAAUGUUAUUGUGAUGACAUUUGCUGUAAUCGGUCUUUUUGGUGCGACGGUGACUUUUCCGAAUUUAUAUUUGUACGCUGGUGAAAUAUUUCCGACUGUAGUUAGAACGACUGGUGUGGGUUUAUGUUCUAGCGUUGGUCGUAUCGGUUCGAUGAUGGCACCAUUUGUAACAAGUGAUUUGGCUUUAUAUUCAUCCAUUAUACCGCCAUUAGUUUACGGAGUUAUUGCUGGUGUGGGGUUUCUUUUAACGUUCCUUUUACCCGAAACCAGAGGUCGACCAGUACCCGAAACUUUAGGAGACGGCGAAGCAAUCCGCAAACACCAAAGGAAACCAAAAACCGAAAAUUGA